ACGGCGACGCGGGGUCUCUCGCUUCUCUUUUGGGGACUACCACCGUAACAUUUGUGGGUUCGCACGCACGCAAACGCGGCGCGGCGUGAGACCACAAAGCAGCCACCAAGGCACCGGCAGUCUGCAUGGAUGCGGGAGGACUCCCAGUGUUUCCGGGUGCCAAUCAGGCCAAUCACCUGAACAGUCUUCACCUGCAGCAGCAGCAACAACAGCAAGCGCAACAUCACCAGCUGACGCUGCAGCAGCAGCAGCAGAUGCAACUGCUCAACAGCCACGGUCUCCAUCACCAGCAGCAGCAACAUCCCCAGCAGCAGCAGCAGUUGCUUCAGCAACAGCAUCAGCUUCAGCAGCAGCAGCACAAUCAGCAACAGCUACCUUUGCAGCAGCAGCUCGCGCAGGGCGGAGAAGUUCCACAAAAGCGUCAGGCCGUAUUCGACAGGCUGAAGCGACGGAUCGAAAACUACCGGCGGCGGCAAACCGACUGCACGCCGCGGUUUGAGCAGACGUAUAGCGGGAUCUGCGAGCAGCAGAGCCUCGAAACGACUGCCCUGCAGAAGAAAUACCUCGAGCAGAAGAACAAGCGCUCGCUGAAGAAGACGGAAAAGAAGCAGGCCGAACAGCAGCAGCAACAGCAGCUCCAGCAGCAGCAGCAGACACUUUCGUCCAAUCUUCAGAGCAGCGUUCAUGUGCAACAAAAAUUCCUCAAGCGACCAGCUGACGACAUCGAUUCCGCCUCCGAUUCCUAUGAGCCGCCGGUGAAGCUACAGCACAACGGGUCCGAGAAUCUAACGAAAUUCUCCGUCGAAAUCGUGCAGCAGCUGGAGUUUACGACGUCGGCAGCCAACUCGCAGCCCCAGCAGAUUAGCACGAACGUCACGGUCAAGGCGUUGACCAAUGCGUCCGUCAAGAGCGAAGGGUCGACGACCACCGGUGGCCCGGGUGGUAUUGGCGGAAACGGAGGCGGUAAUGGUAUGCCUGGUCAGCAGCAGCAGCAACAACAGCAGCAACAGCAGUCGAACAACAAUCCUACCCCGUCCCCGCACAUGCACGAUCUCGGCAACAUUGUCGACUUCAAGCAGGAGCCGGAGAACGAGUUUGCCGACCUGUCCGCGGCGCUGGAGAAGGACGCGGCGGCCAACGGGCACUUUCCGGGCCUGUCGGACUUCAUCGGGGACGAUACGAACGAUGAAAAUGACACCUUCAAGGAUCUCAUCUCGGAUCUCUCCGACUUUCAUUCCGAUUUUCUCGACUUUGAGGAAAAGCCACAGCCGCCGAUGCAGCAGCAGCAGCAGCAGCCACAGCAGCAGCCAUCACAGCAGCAGCAGCAACAGAUGCAGCAGCAACAGCAUCAGCAACACCAGCAGCAUCAGCAGCACAUGCAGUCUCAGCAGCAAGGGCAGCAGCACAUGCCACAGCAGCACUCGCAGCAGCACCAUCCGCAACAAGCACCUCACCAUCCGAUGCAGCAUCAGCAGAUGCACCAUCAACAUUCUCAGCAGCAUACUCAGCAGCAACAGUCACAGCAGCAUCCACAGCAUCCUGGCGCCGGGCCGCAAAUGCUACCAACUCUCCAGCAGCAGCAGCAGCAGCACCAUCGACCACAUCCACAACAGCUUCAGCAACAUUUGCAGCAUCAACUGCAACAGCAUCAGCAGAUCGAGGUGAAGCAGGAGAGUUGCAUAAUCAAGCAGGAACAUCCCAGUCCGGGGCUGAUGGACAAUAUGGGUAUCAAACGGGGAGGGCCUUUAACGCCACAACAACAACAGCAGCAGCAACAACAGCAGCAGCAACAACAACAACAGCAGUAUUCGAAUGCAUUUGGCGAUGGAAUGGGCGGACCGGGUAAUAAUGGACCGAUGGCGAAGCAGAGACCCGGCGCUGGCUACGGUGGCGCACAGAACGGUCCAAUGUCGGAGCUGUCGCCCGCGGCACAAACACUCAAGCACAUGGCCGAGCAGCAUCAGCACAAGAACGCGCUGAACAUGGGGUUCCCGCGGGGUGGACCCCAAGGCGGACCGCAGGGUCAGCAGAGGGCACCGUACGCCGAGUUCGGUCAGUUCGCGGGUAACGAUUUCAUGAACCCGUCGGUUGGUGGGAACGGUGGCCCCGGUGGAAACGGUCCCGUGGGCGCCGGUCCGGUAGGGCCUGGAGCUGGUGCAACCGGCGGAACCGGGGCGGCCGGUGUUGGCCCGGGCAAUAAUGGGCCUGUGGUCGGCGGUCAGUUCCACAAGGGCAACGUGCCACCGUUCCCUGGUGCGGACAUGAUCAAGCAGGAGCUGUUUUCCUCCCAGAACGACUUUGAUCUCAAGCCGGCGCUCAAUCGCCUGCAACCACCGAUGGGUCCGAACGGUCCCAAGAUGGGCCCCGGACCGGGAGCUUUCGUGAAAGGGCCAAACCAACCACAGCAGAGCCCGCAACAGCAACAGCAACAACAGGCACAGCAGCAGCAACCACAAUACUCACCGUACGGUUCUCCCGGAGGUCUUCCGACGCACGGUGGAAGUCCCGGCCCUGGCUUUAUGCCCGGUCCUCGAGGGGCCGGUAGCGGGUCAAACGCUGGACCCAAUCAGGGUGCAACCGGAGGAGGGCCCGGUGUUCCCGGGUCCGGUGGUCCCGGCGGACCUGGAGGAGGUGGUGGCGGUGGCGGAGGUGGCAGCGGUAAUGGAGGGCCUAACGCGGCCGGUCCCGGUGGCAACAAUGGUGGGCCCAACAAUGGGGCGAUGCCUCCGCGCGGUGGUGGCUCCAACGGACCGAUGCCUGGAGGACAGAACUCCACGAUGCUUCAGAUGAAGCAAACACAACAGCUGCAUAUUAGUCAGCAGGGUCCUGGAGGUCAUGGCAUUCAGGUAAGCACCAAUUGCGAAACAACCAUUGCCCGUCACUCCAAAAGGAACAACAAAACUGUACACACGGUUUCGGCUGGCCAGCAUUUACAUCUCAGUGGAGACCUCAAGUCUGGCGUUUCCGUCGCAGCACAGCAAGGUGUCUUCUUCAGUCAGCAACAAGCGGCUCAGCAACAGCAGCAACAGCAACAGCAUCAGCAGCAACAAAACCAGCAACACCAACAACAUCAGCACCAGCAAAAUCAGCAGCAACAGCACGGGCAGCACCAGCAGCAUCAACAGCAUGGUCAACAUCAACCGCAUCCACAGCACCAGCAGCACCAGCAACAGCACCCACAACAUCAGCAGCACGGCGGUCCGCAUCAGCAGCACUCGCAGCAGCACCAGCAACACCAGCAGCAUCAGGGCCACCAGCAGCAGCAGCAUCAGCAGCAUCAGCAGCACCAUCCACAGCAAACCGGUACAAAGCAGCAGCAAUCUCAGCAUGCGAAGCAGGCUGGCCCGGGAGGAAUGGGAGGAGUUCCUGGGGGACCGGGUGGCAUGGUGGGUGGACAAGGUGGUGGUGCUGGUGGUAACGUUGGCGGUCCACAGACGACAAUCCCGAACGGUCCCGGAUCGGGGCUGAACAGCGGUGGAAGUGGUUCUAGCGGAGGUCCAAAUGGAGGACCUGGAGGACCUGGCGGACCCCAUGGAGCUAAUCAUCAGCCAAACCAAGUACCAAACUCACAAGGUUCAUCGAUGGUAAACGAAGCGCAGUACACAGUAUCACAAUCGCAAACAAUCAACUUCACCCAGCAAACCCUUCGAGCGAGGCAGCAGCAUCAGGUGAACGGCGGAGGUGUUGGAAUGCCCAACGGUGGUACCGGUGGACCACAGCACCCUCAGCAGCAGCAGCAACAACCGGGCGGACCUGGUAUGGGAGGAGGACCGGCAUCAAACCAAGCACCACCACAGCAGCAGCAACAGCAAGGUGCGCCGAGUGGGCCGCAGAAUCAGGGAGUCGGUGGUCCCGGUGGAGUGGGAGGGCCGAAUGGACCUGGAGGACCCGGCAUGGUCCAAGGUAACGGAGCGGUACCGUUGGGAGGAGGCAUGGUAGGUCCUGGUGGAAUGACGGGUCCGGGCAACGGUGGCGUCGGAAUGGUGGGAGGACCAAGCGCAAACGUCGGAAUGGGCAUGGGCGGUAUUGGGGGCCCGAACGGAGGCGGCAUUAGCGGUCUGAAUUCGAUGGUAUCGAACUCGAUGGCACCAGGAGUAGUGGCGGGUGCCGGCGGCGUCAACGGGGGUGCGGCUGGCAUGAUGCACGGUGGAAUGGGUGGGCCCGGUGGGCCGACACCCGGAACCAUGCGACACGCUGAGCAAAUGAAGUUCCUUCAGCAGCAGCAACAGCAGCAGCACAUGAUCCGGGCGCAAGCCAUGCAGCAGCAGAUGGCGGCCGGCGUGAGGCCACCUCCACCGGACUACAAUAAGGCGGCACAGCAGGGCAACCCGGCGGCUGCGGCCGCCGCUGCUGCCAUGAUGCAACAACAGCAGGCACAGCAGCAGCAAAUGCUGCACGCUGGUGGACGCUUCCCGGCGAUGCGACGCAUUACCCAGCAGCCGAUUCCACCCUCCGGCCCGAUGAUGAGGGCACAGCAUGCAGCGUACAUGCAACAGCAGCAACAGCUUGCCGGCCACGGACCGCGUGGCGGCGGAGGAAUGGUCGGUGGAUUCGGUGGUCCGGGCGUUGGUGGUCCCGGUGGAGGCGUGGUGCCCGGUGGAGGAGGUGCCGGAGUUGGAGGUAGUGCUGGUGCGGGUGGUGGUGUGAUGGGCGGACCAGUACAGCGGCCACCAAAUGUACAGGUUGGACCGGAGGGUAUGCCGAUUGGAUCUCAGCAAGCGGAAUGGCGCCACAUGAUGGCUAUGCAACAACAGCAGGUUGCUUUUAGUGCCAGCAGCGGAGGAAGCAUGCGGCAAGGAUUUGGUGGACCCGUCGCUGGCCCUGUUGGAGGUCCGAAUGGAACGGGACCUAUUGCGCGCAUGGAUCCUUCCGUCGGACCGGCAGGACCCGCUGGUCCCGGAGGCCCGGGUGGACCAAUCGGUGCCGGCAGUGGACCCGCCGGUGGCGGCGGCGGUGGUCCUGGCUCGGGAAUGGGACCAGGUGGUCCCGGAGGACCGGGGAGUGGCGGUGGUAUGACAGCGAUGCAGAUACAAAUGCUACGUCAGCAAGCCAUGUACCAAGGAGCGGGCAACAACGGUGGCGGUGGCGGUCCAAUGAGCCAAAUGCAGAUGCUACAGCAGCACCAGCAACUUCAACAGCAGCAAAACAUGAUGAACCAAAUGCAGAUGAGCCAGAUACAUAUGUCUCAGACGCAAACGAUGUCAAUACAGCAACAGCAAAACCAACAAUCUGUGAUGAAUACAUUUACUGCGCAGUCGACGCAACAGUCCACGACAACGACGAUGAUUGCCGGCGGUGGUGGUCCCGGUAGCGGUGGUAUAGUCGGAGGAGGACCCAACGUCGUAAACGGUAAUAUCAAUCCAGCCAAUAUGCUGACUGGCCCAGGUACUGGACCGGCCGGUGCAGGCGGCAACAAUAAUAACGGAAACAACAGCAGCAGUAACAACAGCAACAACAACAACAGCAACAACAGUGGCAACAGCAAUAACAAUGCCAGUAACAAUAACUCAUCCGAGUUCCUAGCGUUCCUGGAGAACCUGCCGGUGGGCGAUCCGAGUCAGUUCAACGCGCAAGAUCUGCUCAAUUCGCUGGAUAAUGAUAGUUUCAACCUUCAGGACAUCUUGUAAAUUGAUGCUGUCCCAAAACGGAGCAACAAAGUUUCACCUGUUUGUUGGUUUUUUAAUUAUCACCCAACAGAACUAGCCUUGGUCAAACACUCGAGAAAUAGCUUGACCCUGGCAAUGGGAAGUGCGCAACUGAACGAUGCCUAUUAGUGAAUUUUAUCAGUAGAUUCGCAACUAUACCAAUGGUGGAAAGUUGAUUAUUUCUCAUAGAACGAAUUAACUUCCAAUGCUCGCGAAUUCUACAGUGACGGAUGGAUGCUAAAGACAAAAGACAAAUCAAAAAGUAUAACCAAGAAGAAGAAAAAAGAGUUCAAUCGGUGGACCUCAUUGAGGAGGAUGGAUUGGGGGAGCAGACACAAUCGCAAACACCAAAGUGUUGCAAUGUACAUAGAUACAAGUUUUUUCUUCGUAACACGAUUAAGCAAGUGAUCUAAAAGGCGAAUAGGCAUGACCUUUCGUAAAGGGGUGACUCUUUCGAGGAUCACGCCAAUCAAACUACCGAGCAGAUUACAAAGAUUGCAUACAAACUCAUCUACCGUUUAGCAGCAAAUAUUGUACUAUUUACUAUUUAAUAGAAAUUACUAAUUUAAAGGUUUUUGGCGCAAAAUGCUCUCUUCAUUUUUACACCCAACGGCGUUCCGUUUACGAUGGGAUGAAAGUAAAAAUGCAACACAAGUAUAGAACGAUUCAAACUCGCACACAUUUGAUAAAUGCGCCCACAUCCUACCGUAGUGUAUUUCUCUCCGAUUUACUCGGUGGUAGUGUGUUCGCUUUGCGUAAGAAUAAGAAAACAAAAACAAACUUUAAACACCGAAAAGAGAAUUAUGAUGAAGGAGAAGAGAGAGAAAGCGCAUCAGUAAACCAGUAUCCUUGAGCAAACAAAUAUGGUGAAAACAAACAAGCACACAAUGGUUUGACAAACAUUCCUCACUUGAGUAGAGAAUUCUUCUUUUUUAUAUGAAUAAUAACAACCGCGCAAGCAUAUAUAUUAUAUAUAUACAAACAUAUAUAUAUUACCCUAUGUAUACAUACCAACUAUGUACGACGAUUUGUAGCUACUCUUCAUUUCCUUAGAAGUAACAAGCGCAAAUCUGACGAUCGUGUUCCGCAUACGAAAAGGAUCUGCAAGCCAUGUAUCGAUUCGCCACUACCGUCAAACCGAGUGUGGUGAUAUCUAUUAGGAGUUUUUUGUACUUUAUCAAAGAUGGGUUCUUUUAAGUCUCGAGAAUAUUUACCUCCAUCUUUCUCUUUCUCUCUCUUUUCCAAAAUGCAAUCGAUACCGGAUAGUGUUAAUUUAGCAAUACGAUGCGCUUUGAUCGCGAGAUCAUCGUUCAAAUUUCUUCUAAAGAAAACAAACGAGGAGCUAAUCGAAAGCAUUGCAUCAAAUAGUAGGUUUACAUGUGCGUUAGUCGUUUAGGUUUUGCGUGUAUAAUAAUUGACUGUAUAGUAUGUUCAGAGUUUCCGUUUUAUCUAUCUAUUUAAAAAAGAACAGAAGAAAGUGUGAAGAGGUACGGUUUGACCAUUAUUUAAAGAUUGCAGGCACAUAGCGCGUAGUUUAAUCGCAAAUCCGUGCUGUUAGGGUACGGUGUCAUACUUCUUUCAUCGAGAAGAGAAUUUAUACAAAAGCGUAGAGCAAAACGAACAAGAGUACAGCCCGUGUUUUUGUAUGGUGAAACAAUAUGUAUACAAAACAAGUUGAAGCGCGCGCGACAUGUGGAGGGCAGGUGGAACUAUGUAAUCAAAUGAAUUAAUAAUCAAAUCGACCAUUACGCAGUUUCGGCAAAAACGGUGCUUUAUGGUAUCCCAUUUGUUUGGAAUGUAGGGUAUGGUCUGCUGCUUUGAAGUUCAUACUCAGGAGAAGCAAUGUCCCUCGGCAUGUUUGUUCUAUUCCAUAUGUUCUAUUAUUUGGUGUACAGUCGAAUUUGGAGGGUGGUAAAAUUGUCAAGAAAAGAAAUAUAAUGAAAUAGAACUAUUUGGCUUGAUGAAGUAGUGUUGAUUAUGUUGGUUGAUAAUUUUCAACACAGCCGAAAUUUGCAACGCAAAUCAUAAAACUCUGUUAUUUUUAGAACUCCAGGCAGCAUGUGGAUGAUAAAGAGCGAAAAUGAGAAGUUAGAAACACUCAGAUAUGUUUUUAUAUAUUUUUUAACAAAUCCAAAUAUUGUCAAUUAUAGACUACUGAGUAAACAAUAGCGCUCCGACAUGAUGGUUUUGAAACAUGUAUGUAAUAGGUUGAUCCGCGUUUUUAACCACUGCAUUUUAUUUGAGUUAGCCUGAAAUAAAACCAGAAUUAAUAAAUCUAUCCUCACAAAGUUCAACGUGAACACCGAAGUAAGCAUACGAAAAUUGUCAUCAAACAUUCAAGCAUACAGCGCAAACAUCAUCAUACAUCCCAUUUAGCGAAUUAUCAUCAUUAAAAAGUAAGAUAUAAUGUGACAGCCAAUUGAACAAAGAACAUAUACUAAAUGCAGCAUCAAGCAUCAAACCAAACCAACCAAUGCUCUAAUACUCUCUAUUGAUCGUAGUAGAACAAAAAAAAAAGGAAAUGAAAGCCAGCCCAUACAACCAUGCGAAACUAAACUGCUUCUUGAUCUUACAUUUAAGUAUUGCAUUCAAAACAAGCAACAGCAUAAGCCGGGUUCGCGUGCCGGACUACAGUUAUUGAGUAGUAUUAAAUGAAUACAGUAAACAAACAGGACAGAUACAACAUUCGGGACGACCAUAAACGGAAAAUAUUUUAAAUUCAUUUAUACUUCAGGUACCGAUAGAGACACGAAAGCCUUCAUUUGAUUUCAAUUGAUUUUUUAAGAAACAAUUCUUUUUCUACUAUCAAUCCCGUUUCAAUGCUCUGUUCCUAACAAAUGUUCUUGCUUUCCAACUGUGAAAUGUUUUCCAGCGACAACACGGCUUGCUUCGAAAGAUUACCGUAGCUUCAUGCUGCAUCGAUUCACUGGAACUCACAUAGCAGGGUUUCUCAACGCAUAGCAUAUUAGUACCGCAAGAUGAAUAGUUUUAUUGAAACCAAAUGCCACCAUUUUGAUACGAAGUUAAACCAAAACCUCCAAAUGAUGCUGGUGCCCAUGAUUGUGAUGUAAAUAUUGAUUUCUGAUAAGGUACGUUCGGGUUCGCUUUGUUUUGAUUUUUAAGAAGACAAGAUGCCUGAAUUGGCGUGUUUCUUACACUCGAAGGAGAGUAGCAAUGUGUACGCCAAUAGCGAUAGAGGAUUUCUAUGAACCAAGUAUUCUCGAGAAAGCCUUUGAAGGGAGGGAAAAGAAAAAAACAAAACAAUAGGAAUCACUAGAUCUUAAAGAGAUGCAUUACUUACUGGCCUUGGAAGGCUUCCCGAUUGUUUUAGUAUUUUUAUAUCGGAUACAAUUUUGAAACGAACACAAUGGAAAAAGGAUUCGAUUGCUUAUGAAAAUUUUAAUGUAUUAUUUUAUUCCACAUAGUUUUUUUUAUUGACAGAAACUACAAAUCUUUAACCGACAAUGCAAUGAAGAUUCUGUAAAGAACAAGUAAAACACUUUAAUACUUAAAAUUGAUCUAAGAGACAAGAAAUAUUGUAAAGACGUAUCGCAAAAAAAAAUGUACAUGGAAACGAAGUGGUACCAGACGCAGACGAAUUGAAGGUGGCGACAAAGAUGAAAAAAAUACCGGACCGAAACAAAAAAUUCAUUGAAAUAUAGGUAAUUGAAUUGAA